UUGUUGGAAGUCAAUGAGAAGUUGGGUGAAAAGAAAGGAGGAGGUGUAGAGGAGGAGCUGGAAGCUGAGUAUUGAAGUGAUUAACACUGCCAAUAUAAAAAGGCAGUUCCACAGUAAGUAAAUUUUAAUACAAGGGAGCUCUGUCUCUGUGGAUGUGAAUAGAGCUUUCCUUCUGACAUGGCAUCUAUUCCUACCCAAAGAAUACAAAUGCUUGAUGCUGAAUGGACAGGUGGACACAAACUUCUCACAGCCAAAGGAACAAAGUGAAGACUUUGAAGACAUCUAAGAUAUCAAAUAACAGUACUUGGAUCUUCCAUUUUCUUUUGAAAAUGCAUUUGCAAGACUGUUUUACAACCAGUCUGCCUGACUGAAAAGAUCAUCUUUUAAAAAAAGUUGCAUCUUUGCCAGCCAAGAUGAACUCAUCCGAUCAACCCAACGUUCCAGACGUUAACCUGACUGCUCUUGGGAGCAACCUUUCGCUGCCCACUGUCAAGACUAAACCAUCAACCUGUGAACAAGUGGUCAUAGCUGCGGAAGUCUUUCUCACACUUGGCAUUAUAAGCCUUCUUGAAAACAUCCUGGUCAUCUGUGCCAUAAUUAAGAACAAGAACUUGCACUCUCCUAUGUAUUUCUUUGUGUGCAGCUUAGCUGUGGCUGAUAUGCUGGUCAGUGUGUCAAAUGCCUGGGAGACCAUCACUAUAUAUUUACUAAACAAUAGACACCUCAUUAUUGAAGAUGUUUUUGUACGUCACAUAGACAAUGUUUUUGAUUCGAUGAUAUGUAUAUCUGUUGUGGCUUCCAUGUGCAGUUUGCUAGCUAUAGCAGUGGACAGGUACGUCACUAUCUUUUAUGCCCUCCGUUAUCAUAAUAUCAUGACUGUGAAAAGAUCAGGGCUCAUAAUUGCAUGCAUCUGGACGUUUUGCACUGGCUGUGGUAUCAUCUUCAUCCUUUAUUAUGAAUCAAAGUAUGUCAUCAUGUGUCUCAUUAUAAUGUUUUUCACUAUGUUGUUUCUCAUGGUAUCUCUGUACAUACAUAUGUUCCUUCUGGCUCGGACGCAUGUCAAGAGAAUAGCAGCUUUGCCAGGAUAUAAUUCUGUUCAUCAGAGGACCAGUAUGAAAGGUGCCAUUACUCUGACUAUGCUUCUGGGCAUCUUCAUAGUUUGCUGGGCUCCAUUUUUCCUCCAUCUUAUCCUAAUGAUCUCAUGCCCACAGAAUCUUUACUGUGUUUGCUUUAUGUCUCACUUCAACAUGUAUCUCAUCCUCAUCAUGUGCAAUUCAAUUAUUGACCCCUUGAUCUAUGCCUUUCGAAGUCAAGAAAUGAGAAAGACUUUUAAGGAGAUCAUCUGCUGCUAUAGCAUAAGCACGGCCUGUGGACUGCCUAGCAAAUAUUAGGAAUUAUACAUAAUGGGACUAAAACACCCCAACACUUCUAGGCAAGGAUGGGGCCCUCCAGAUGUUGCUGGGCUGCCAUUCCCAUCAUCUUGCACCAUUACCUAAGAUGGUUAGGGCUGAUGGAAGUUGAAAAUCUCACAACAUCUGGGCAGCAAUAUGUUGGCCAUCACUACUCUAAAAACAAGACUGAAUGUAUCAACUUCAUGAGGAAAAGAUACAAAUACAAAACAAUAGUCCAAAACAUGUUGCAGAAAUAAUCCAGUUUGAGACUGCUUUA